AUGGCGCAUGGCGUCGAUUUCUCGCGGGACUUGACUCAUAUCCCAAUGGUCAAGCAGCGCCAUGUGUGGCUGCCAGUUGUCUUUAUUCUUGGCCUGCCGCUCGCAUUUGUGUCGGCGGCAACGUCGAACUGCGUAGUGCGAAGCGGUGCUGCUUCCCCGAGCCGCAGUGUGGAGAUGAGAAAUUACAUAGGAAGGACUCAUCUUAGAAAGCCAGACUGGAUGGACACAUCCAGUAUCUUCAGGCAAGCCAGGGCAGUUGGAGGACCGAAGGGAAGAAGAAAGGAUACCAAAAAGCAGGUGCAAGUCCAGAAGGAAAGAAAGAAGAGGGACUGA